AUGAUCUCGUUAGUCAAAAAGGCCAUUCGGUCACAGCGUAAUAAAACGCCAACAACGCCACCCGCACCAUCCAUGGAACUCCAAGAGACUCGGCCUGAGACGACAAACAAGCAACCACAAUGCAUUCACCGCGAUGGAUCUGAGCCCUCGAAUGAGCCAUGCCCAACUUGUGCUGCAGACAAGAAAGCCGCUACGAAAUACCGAUGGAAGAUCAUUCUUGGCCUGGUGGCACCCUUUGCCCUUCAGGCCCUCGAUUCAACAAUUAUCGCAAGCGCUCUACCUUGGAUUGCCGGUGAUUUUAAUGAAAUCUCACAACUGAACUGGAUUGUCUCAUCAUUCAACCUCACUUCGGCCGCCUUCAUCCCCUUCUGGGCACAGAUGGCCGAUGUCUUUGGCCGAAACGCCUCCCUCAACGCAGCCGUCAUCUUCAUGCUGAUCGGCAGCGCACUCUGCACAGGUGCCCCUACCAAUGCGUUCCCAGUUCUUCUACUUGGUCGAGGUUUCCAGGGUCUUGCAGCAGCAGGCCUGAAUGUUGUUGUUCGUACCAUUCUGGCCGACAAGGUCUCGCUACAGGAGAACGCCAGGAAUUGGGCCAUCUUUGCGCUUGUGGGUGGCAUCUCUUAUGCAAUUGGCCCUGUCAUUGGUGGAUAUCUUACCAACGCGGACUGGAGAUGGUGCUUUGCCAUUAACCUUCCUAUUGCCGUGGUGGCUCUUGUCAUCGUCUUCUUUAUCCUACGAAAAGAGCUUCUCGGUCCUCAGCCCAUCCCCGAGCUCAACGAAACCGCCGAAACCGGAAGGAGGACCAAGUUCAUUGCCAGGCUCAAGACGGUGGAUGUUGGUGGUCAGCUCCUGUUCAUCUUUGGCUUUGGCCUCAUCAUCCUCGCCAUGACUUGGGGUGGCGCAACCUACCCCUGGGGUUCAGCCGCUGUGAUUGUCCCUCUCGUUCUUGGAGUCAUCUGCACCGGUGUCUUUCUAUACUGGGAGUAUCUCUUGGCUCCUGGAAACACCAUGGCUGAGAAGCUUCCUUGGCAGCGGGCGAUGAUUCCCUGGGACUUGAUUUCUAACAGAGACAUUGGUCUUCUCUUCUACUGCGAGUGUGCCACAGGAAUGGGCAUGUACGCCGUGCUCUAUUUCUGCAACAUCUACUUCAUUGCUGUCAGGGGUUACGAGCCUGAUAAAGCUGGUGUGCAGCUUCUGUACUUUGUUCCUGGACUGGGAGCUGGUGUUUACAUCUGCUCUUUCAUGUGCAAUCGGUGGCCCCGCAUGACCUUUCCCUGCGUGUUCCUGGGAACUCUUGUGGAAGCGAUCGGUAUCGGCCUGCUUGGCUGGGCUAUUUGGGCCGAGAAGCUCAGCACCAUCUUUGGGAUGAUGGCUCUUGUCGGGUGUGGCAGUGGUAUGCGAUUCAUGGCCUCGCCACUUCAUGGAAUUGGUCUAUUCAAGAACCUCCGUGCUUCGGUCAUCGGCUUGAUGGCCGUUGCUGUUCCCUUUGGUGGCACUAUUGGGUUGACCAUCAUGUCGACUGUCUUCAACAACACUUCCGGUAUCGACUCGAGCAGCAGCGACUUUACCGAAGUUCAGUCAUCAUCCUCAUCCAGCGAGCUCAAGGGGCAGGCCAUUCACGAUGCCAAGAUGGGCGUUGUGUGGGCAUUCGUUGCUAUUACCCCGUUUGUCGCACUGGCAUUCCCCUUCGCAGCCUGUCUUGGCAAUGUCAAGCUUGGCCAGGGUCCUCCCAGCUCGGAGGGCCCAACAGACAUCGUGGUUCAAGGCUCUUAUCUUCUCAAGCUGCUUAGAGGUCAGGAGAAGUUUGGAGUUGAAAAGGCGGGAUAUAGACUCGAGAGUUCGCAUGGCAGGGGAUGGUCAGGAAGCACAGGCUCGGGAGAGCGGGGUGACCAGCAAGUCUAG